GUGACAAUGUUUUCAGAGGAAUCAAACUCGGAAUCAAUAUUUAGUAAUCGCCAUAAAUUGGAUAACAAUGAGGAUUCAAUUCAGAUCGAAAAUUUUACCGAUCAAAUUGACGAUUUACCAACAAUUCCAACCAAUGAUUACACCAGUUCCAGGUCAAAAUCGGCACCAAGACGACAAGCGCAAGUGACCAAUUCAACCAAGAAAUUAUCAUCUACCGAUGAUUAUUAUUACAAUGAAACUGAAUCAAUUGAACCUCUUAGGAUUGAUCAUCAUUCAACAAUCAGUGGUGACGGAGAUUCGCCCACAGCUUCAAGGUCAAGUACUGCAACAUUUGGAGGCGGAAGUCGGACUGGGACACCGUUGCUCGAUCAGACAAUAUCGGCCGCUUUUCGGACUCGAAUCAGAUCACGAAUCAAGACUGUCAAAGAAUCGGUUGAUAGAUCAAGUCCAUUUUCUGGAAAACAUUCAGACGAUGUUAAUGAUUUAACCAAUUUAAUUGAAUCACGAUUAAAGGGUCGUAAAGAUUGGCAGACAUCUUUGGCCAUUCUGCUUGACCCAAGGUCAAAAUUGGCCGCUAAUCAUUUGGUUUAUCCUUCACCCGAUGAAAGUUACAACUUUUUCACUUCUUCUUUCAAAUCAUCACCAGAAUCGGUCAAGACAAAAUCUAUACUUACAACUGACCCUUCAACGGGAUCACUUUCAUCGUCGAUUCCCGAUGGCCAGAAUCAAGUUGAUCAAGAAGAGGAAGAAUUGAAAGACGAGGAUUCAGAUGACCUGAACGAAGACUUUGGAAGCGGUAAAUUAUUGGUCAAACAUUUGUUCGCAUCGACGGAAGAUCUUCACAUAUGUGAAAGAGCCGAAGUUGAAAUAAGAUCACGUUCCGUUAGAAAGGAGACUGAAGAUCGGCUGUUGAUAGAAACAUCGACCGAUCCUGUACCUGAUCACGUUCGAUUCGGCCGAGGUGAAGGUUAUAAUCCUCGAGGCGAUGGACUCUAUUGUAAUCCUGGUCCUAAAACGAUGUCACAGAAAAACAUCAACAAAUUGUACCAACGAUUUUAUCGCGAUUCUGGCCUAUCUUGGUUCCAGGGGAAAUUUCAAACUCUCUUUGAUUUCCUUUGGAAAUAUUUCACCAUUUGGAUAAAUUUAUUUGAUACAAUUAAAAUUGUCAAUUCAUCAUCAUUAACUGACGACAAUUUAUACUCCGUUCAACCGAUAAUGUCCAAAAGUGACUUUAUCAAGACCCAUAAAAAAGGUAAAGCGAUCAAGUACCGACUAAUAUUCAAUUUAAACUCGAUACAGUUUUCUGGUCACUGGGCUUUUGGAGAUGAAAACUUUUUGACUUCUAAAUUGUUGAAAUUAUAUCGUAAAUAUGAUCAAAUGAUUAACGACGAAACAAUUACUCUGUUAAAUCGUAAAAUUAACUCACUCAAAGUGUCGCUAAUCAAUACGACCACUGAAUCAAUUGAUUCAGUUCACGGAUCACAAUCUGAGGUCGAUCUGCAAUCUAACCAACGAUGGAUCAGGUUGAACAAUUAUCGUCGACAAUUAAGUGAAACAUUUGCUUCUCGUCGGGUGGCACUUUCUUCCUUCAGGUCAAUUUUACUCGAACUGUUGAGUACGUGGGAAGAGUUGACAGAGAAAAGGCGAAUUCAAGGUUUUCCGACGACCGUUAAACUGACCUACAAGGAAGAAGCAAACCAAUUGUCCGAAGAAGAAGAGAAAAUCAAUUGGAACAAUUUAGUCGAUGAAGAUUUUCAGUCACAAUGGACAAUAAUCAAAGAGACUUAUGAAAAGUUAUUAGCUGAUUAUCGACGUGAUCUAAGGUCAUGGAAAAGUUGGCAAAGGUCAAACCGACGAUCGCCAAAAAGUGAUCAAGACGAUGAGCGUCCGAACGAUGAGAUAAUUGUUAUGGGAAAAGAAAAUGGACUCAAUUCGAAAGGUUCAAUCGAACAUGUGAAACCAAAACCACCCGAUAAGCCAACGGGUGAAGAUGAACUGAGACAACGAAUCGCCGAUCAAACCUAUCUAUUAGAUGGCCGCGUACCUGGUGAGCCAAAGUUCACCGAGAUAAAGUUAACCUUUGACAAUCAACUAUCAGCUGGUCCUGAUUGUCCAGCCUAUGAACAGAAACGCAGGUCAACAAUGAAACGAUUGAAGUAUUUUCUUGAGAUCAAAUUGAACGGGAUCCAUCGUAGUAAAACAAUUGAACAAGAACCCGAUCCUAAUUUUGUGGUCACUUGGGAUCAAAGAUUCACUGUUGACCUUACGGAGGAGCCCAAAGAGAUGACCUUCCAUUUGUGGGAGAAAAAGGGAGGAGCAAAAGUGACCCGAUUGACCAGCGGUUCCUUGCCUUGGCCUGAUGCGGUCACUUUACCUCAAGAAGAAACUUUAAACUUAAUUGAGGAAAAUUUUCAAGUUAAUCAAAAAUCUGAUCAACAAUUAACAUCCCAAGAGCAGCAGCUUUUCACUGAUUGUUGUGGUCAAUUGUUUUACAAUUGCGCUUGGUCAAUUGAUGAUUCUGGGACAAUCUUGGCACCGGAAACAGUUUCAAAGGAAAUUGAUGUUAAGUUAGACUGUCUGUCGAUCGAUGAAAUUAACAGAAUCAAGGAGAAGACCAAUUCUUUACUUUUAGACCCAAAUGAUCCCGAUAAUAUUGAAAUGUUCAAAACAAUCAAUCGAUAUGAACAAUUGAUGAAGAAAAAUGACCAAUCGAAUGGUCAAAUGUCCGUUAAUGGAAUGAAAAGUUCAACCUUAUUGAUGAAAAGCUUUCAAUUCGUUGAUGAAUCAGAAAUUGAAAAUAAUCCUCGAUUCAAGUUGAUCCAACUUCGAGCAAGUAAACACGAUAAAUUCACUGGACUUUCAGUUCCACUUUUAGAACGAGAAAUACCAUUAACUAUAUUCGAUGAUUCGAUUGGAGUUAAAGAUUCAUCGAUUCGACUGUCGAAAGGAAUUGAAGCAAAACGAGACAAAGCGCUCAAAAUUUUGAUUAAAAUUCGAAGUAAAUUGGUCAAUCAAUCGGAAGGUUGUAUCGACCGGCCUCGAACUUGGGACGAUAUCGUCGCUGAACCAGAUUCUCAUGGAUUGAGCUUUGGAUUCCACUUUUUCUUGCCAUCACAUUCCCGUCGACCUCUUCAUCCAACUCGAAAAGAGCGGAAGAAAAUCUCUGGACCUUUGGCCGGAAAUGGUCAAGUCAAACUGAUCAUAACAAUUAUGCACGCGUUCAAUGUCCCCGUUAGAAUUGAGAACCAACAGUUGGCCGAAUCACCGACAACAAUUCAGAACAAAGUUAAUUCUGAAUUUGGAGAUUUGACCUACGAAAGUCGUGUAAGUCCAUUUGUCGAAGUUGUUUUCCAGCGGCAAAUUGACCGGACCAACACUGCCUACGGAGCUCAACCAACUUGGAAUGAGACACUUUCAUUAAAUUUAAAAGCACCGAAUGAUGAUUUUAGUCCUUCAAGUUUAACAACAAUUAACGAUUGGGUUUAUCUAAAUUUAUUCGAUGAGAUUCCAAUUGACUCCGAUUCGCUCCAAGUCCAGCGACUAGAACGACGCUGGUUAGGGUCAUUAAAGAUUCCAUUUUCAACUCUAUAUCUCAACUCGAAAAUCGAAGGUACCUUUAAAUUGAACACUCCGCCCGUUCUGUUAGGCUACGAGUACGAUUCUCGUUUCUACAAAUUGAAUCAACAUCUUUCGUCCUCGGAAUCAUCGUCAGCACCAAACACUUACCUGACACUAUUUCUAACCAUUGAUCCGACAUUACAACUUCCAGAACCAUUAACACUCAAAUGUGACUCAAAAGAGCCUGAGAAGAUAUUAGUUCAUGGUAGAAAGUGGGAAUUAACUUGUCGCUCGGAAUUUCCUUCAAGAGCGAUUCGUGCAUUCGCAAUUGACCUCGAAGCACAAUUCGUCUUAAUCACUCGUUAUAUUAGACCAAUUAAACCUCCCGAAAGCCUAUUAACCAACAUCUCUCUCGCUGAUGAGGCCAUGUACCGAUUAGCGCGAUUUGUAUCACUAAUCCCUUCGAUACCUGAUAAUCUGGCACUUCCUGGAACUGAGGACAUUUGGAUUCCUUGUGACUCGUUUCUCGAAAUGCUGAUCGGCGAUGAAGAGGAACACGCGAUCUUAUUGUGUAACUAUUUCCUCUAUCUCGGCAAAAGAGCCGGAGUUAUCCUUGGAUUUGGAAUACCGGAAGGAUUAACGGCUUAUGUAAUCGUCUGGGAAUACACUGGUCAAGAACCGUCCAUUUGGAACCCGAUUUCAGGGGAGAAAUAUAAUAUUCGUGACAGUUACAUUCCUCUCAACGCAAUUGGAACCAUAUUCACUUCCGAAAAUGUCUAUGCAAAUAUCCAGAAACAAGAUCAUCCCAAUCGAUUGAUUUAUGAUGUAACUAAAUCCAGUUGUUGGAGACCUUUAUUCAAUCGUAAAUUUCCCAGCCCAGGACUGAUUUCAAUCCAAUCCGAGAUUCUUGAUUACGAACCAAUUGACGAAGAAUUCAUAAAACAAUUACAAAACAAUUUAGAGAAAAAUCUUCGUGAAAGUUUAAUGAAAUGGAGGAAAAAAUCUCGAACUUUUUUCAAUCGAACUGCAAUUCAACAAAUUCGCAAAAUCCUUCCAAGGUUGGAAAAAAAGCUCGGGAGACUUCAACAGAAUGAUUUAAUUCAAGAGCUUCAAGAUAUUCUAACUGUUCAUAAGAUGAUCGGGUUUCCAUUGAAUAUGCCGUAUACAAGUGAGAAGGCGGUAACGGAGGCCGUUUAUGCGACGGGACUGCAUUUGAUUACUGAUCGAAAGGUCGAUUUUGCUUUGGCUGUUUAUCUUCAUCCUUAUCCUUGUAAUUUAUUAUCUGUUUGGAUUUACAUUGCAGCUUUAAUGAAGGAUAAAUGAUCAACAAUUAACUGAUUGUCGAUGAUUCAACUUUUUCUUUUCUAUUUUGAAUAAAGAAAAUCUUUUUAA